AUGAGUGAAGUGCGCGACCUGGUGAUGAAUCCACCCCAAGACAAGCCUUACUCCGCACUUAGGACAGCUUUAAUAAGACGACUGAGGUGUACCGUUUCCGAUUCGCUCCUACGCACGCUGUGGAUAGGGCGCCUGCCGUCUAGUGUCCAGGCAAUUUUCGCGACACAGAAGAAUGCCGCGUUGGACGAUGUCGCGGAGCUGGCCGACGCAGUUAUGGAUACAGUAAUGCCCGGCACAACGCUCCAGCAGAUGGCCCAAUCCAGUCCAAAAGACGAAAGACUGAAUCGCAUCGAGCAACAGUUAGUGGAGAUGUCCCAGGCAAUGGCGAAGCUAUUCGCGAAGAGUGAACCGCGGCGACCGACGACGAGAACACCCAGAUCGCGUUCGCAAGAUCUAUCGCGAAGCCGUGACAGUGACAGUGGUCAGUGCUGGUAUCACCAACGUUUUGGUGACCGCGCUCGCGUGUGCCGCGAUCCGUGUACGUAUCGUCCGGGAAACGAGACGGGCAGUCGGUGA